AUGAGCUCCAUCGCCAGAACCCCACCCCCCAAACGACUUAGUCAGCCCCUGACAGAGACUUCUACACGACACCCGUCACGACAAAACAGUGGUUUUGGACAACAAGCGACGAAACAAGCAAAACCCAAAAAAAAAAGUCCGCAAGGGUCUGGUGCAGAGACAAGUGGUGCGGUUCUCCCUCUCUCCCCCAGCACACCAAAAGUCACAGGCCAAGCAGGCACCAACAAACCGCACAAACCGUGCGCAAAAAGCAGUGAACCUGCAAAAACAAAGCCGAGGAUGGAAAAGAAGGUCGCUAGCCAGGCCCGCACAAGCAAAAAAGGAGGAAAGACAGAGGAAGGAAAAGCGGAAAAGGAGAAAACACAGAAGAAGAAGAAAGAAAAAGAAGAUAGAAUAAAAGAGAAAGAGAAGGAUACAGGGAAACUAACAGGGGACCUAAUGAAGGAACUGCGGGAACAGAGGAAGAUUAUAGAAAAAGAGUUUAAGGAACUAAAAAAGGAACUACCAAAAAUGACAGCGAUGAUAGAGGAAUAUAGAAAGGGAAGAGGAAACAACGAAAAAGGGAGCUAA